AUGCUUAUGAUCAAGAUAAUGCGGAUCAAUGUGAUCUCCAGAAAAGUGGAAAUAAAAGUAGUUAAUGCGGUACCAUUUGGAAACAAUUUUGACACUGGUGACUCGGAUAACAUUUGGGUUGUAUUGGUAGCAGGGUCGGGUGGCUGGAUUAAUUAUGCUGUGCAGUCGGAUGUAUACCAGGCGUACCAAUUGGUUCACUCGCAGGGUAUACCCGAUGACCACAUAAUAGUCAUGCAUUUGGACGAUAUAGCCUACGAUCCACUUAACCCAACCCCUGGGGUUAUAAUCAACGCUCUUAACGGUACUAAUGUUUACGAAGGGGUUCCUAAAGACUAUACCGGAAAUGAUGUCACCACCAAGAACCUAUUUGGUCUACUUAGCGGUGAUUCUGAGUUAGUUAAACAGGGAAAGAAAGUGGUCAAAAGUAAUCCUAAAAAUCGUAUAUUCGUGUACCUAAUGUCGCAU